CCUCUGCUCAGUAUGAUAUGUUUAUAGGCAUCGGCUGAGGCAGCGCGAGCGUUAUAGCGGCUCCUGCUUGAAUAGGAAGAGGAAAGGGGCGCUGGACGUCAUGGCAUCCAAAGACACCGUCGCGACCGCUUUUCUCACCGUGAGUCGGGAAAUGACAGAGAGCAUCAGACGAGUUAUUGACAAGACAUCAAUCAAGUUAGUGAGAGCUAUCAAAGCAGAGAACAAGAGUGGCAAAUCAGAGGAUCGGAUUCUGGUUUUGGCAACAUGGCGGAUGUACCUCAUGGCCCCCAAGAUACCAACCAAGGUGGAACAAACCUUCAACUUCCUGGAGAUUCGGGCAAUGAACACCCACCCAGAAAAUCAGGUUGUCAUAGAAACAGACAAGUCCACAUAUUCGCUGAGGCUGCAGUCUAACGAGCACCUGGAUCAGAUGAUUAACCACAUCAACUUUGCUCUCUCGCGGAUCUUCAAUAACUCCAUAUACACACCCUCCAUCUUUCACGCAGAUGGAGACGUUGCUGACGGAAAUCGCAAAUUUUCUCCAAGCUCUGAGAGUUCAGUGGAGACGCAAAGGGCAUGUGGGGGCUUUUCGGAGACCUACGCAGCUCUGUGUGAUUAUAAUGGAAUUACCUGCAAAGAGGAAGUGCAGUGGGAUGUGGACACCAUCUAUCACUCACAGGACAACAGAGAGUUUAACCUGUUGGACUUCAGUCAUCUGGAAAGCGGGGACCUUGCUGUGAUUGUAGCGGCCAUGGCGUAUAACUCGUGGUUCAUCAAACUCUAUUGCAAAGACUUUCGCAUUAGUUCAGAGGUCGUGGAGCAGAUUCUGCACACUGUCAGUAAAUCCAGCAGUCUGGAGGAGCUCACGCUGGAAAAUGUGGGCCUUAAAGCAGAUUUCCCACAGAAAAUGGCCACUGCCCUGUCAGAAAACCCAGCAUCAGUCAUACACUCCAUUAACUUGGCCCACAAUACACUGGACAACCAAGGGGUGUCGAACCUCAUCCAGCAGGUUUGCAGGCUCAGUAAAGGCCUACGUCUGCUCAACCUCUCCAAGACGUCACUCUCUUCAAAGGGUGUCACGUCUCUUUCGCAGGCCUUGUGCUCUAGUGAUGACUACUCCAAUUCUCUUCUUCAUCUGGAUCUGAGUAAGAACCCUGGCAUUCUGUCUGGAGAAGAUGCAACGAAUCUGUACCUGUUUCUGGCACAGCCGAACUGCCUGGUGCAUUUGGAUCUGUCAGGCACUGACUGUACCGUUGACUCUUUAUUUGGAGCUCUGCUGCGGGGAUGCUGUGCCGAUCUCUCCUACUUGAACCUGUCGAAAAACUCCUUCUCUCACAGGAAAGUGAGAGAGACACUUCCUUCCUUCCGUCAGUUCUUCAGUUCAGCGUUCAGCCUCACUCAUAUCAGCCUGGCCUCUAUGAAGAUGCCUCCCGACGUGCUGAGGGCUCUGUUCCUCGGGCUUUCAUCCAAUCCUCACAUCACUGACCUGCACCUGGACAUCAGCGGCUGUGAGCUCAGGUCUGCUGGAGCAGGGAUAAUACAGGACCUUUUCCCCAGAGUCUCCUGCAUCAGCACACUGGACAUCUCAGACAACGGGCUGGAUGGGGAUCUGCUGUGUGUCAUUCCUGCCUUCUCCAGACACCCGUCCCUAAAACACCUGCUCCUGGGCAAGAACUUUAACAUCAAGGGCAGGGUUUUAGAUGAAGUCCUGCAGAAACUGGUGCAUCUUGUCCAGGAGGAAGAGUGUGCCCUGCAGAGUUUGUCUCUGGCCGACUCCAGGCUGCGUUCGAGGGGCACGGUGCUGGUAAACGCUCUAGGCAGCAAUGCCUGUCUGAAAAAGGUGGAUCUGAGUGGGAACGGACUUGAUGACACAGGAGCGAGGAUGCUCAGUAAAGCCCUUCAGAUCAACACUACUCUCAGAAGUGUGACAUGGGAUCGAAAUAACACAAGUGCUACGGGUUUCCAAGAUGUGGCUCGAGCCCUGGAACAUAACUUCACCCUGCAGUACAUGCCUAUCCCGCUCAGUGAUGUCACACAGGCGUACCGCAGCUCCCCCGACAGGACAGAACAGGCACUGACCAAGAUCCAGCGUGCUCUGUUGAGGAAUAACCAGACUCAGCGUUUCUCUCAGAAACAGGCUCUUCGGCUGCAUCAGGGCCUGGUAACUAGUACUGCAGAACAGGUGAUGGAGCGUCUGUGUGUUCGCGUGCAGCAGCAGGUGUGUGUGUUGAGAGGAACGGGUGAAGGUGAAGAGCUCCAGGCUGCCAGACAGGUCCUCAAGGAGGCCAGGAACUCUCGAGCCCUGUACCCCUCGCUGUGUGAACUGGCCCAUGUGUUGUCCGUAGACGGGCCGGUGAGACAGAGACUAGACUCUCUGGCAGGAGAACUUGCCAAAGCUGCUGAUAAAGAACUACAGGUCAUCGUGGACUCCAUGGUGUCUCUGUGUCGGGAGCUGUGUCCACUUUCUUGUGCCGCAGCAGAGUGUCUUUCUCCACCACUGUCCUCCAUCUCUGAGCGUGUGUCCAUCCCUCGUUCAUCCAUCCGCACCGCUCUGAUGGAGAGAGCGGCGCAAGACAUCAACAGAGCUCUGGAAGAGGUGAAGCUGUCUGUCGUCUCGUAUCUCACCAACUCCAUAGUGGACCAGAUCCUGCAGGAGCUUUACGCCACACACAAAACCCUGCUCCGGCAGGUUUCCCAGAUGAGACGGCUGGAGGACGGAGGGACGGCCAGACGGGCUCACAGGCACGCAGACAUGCUGGACGUAGUGGAGGACGACUUCGGCAUCAGCAUAGACACGAUCGCCAUUAAGAAACGCAGCUCGAGGACCAGACGCAUUCGCCCUGUGUCCAACAGACUCAGUCUAGGUGAAGACCCUAACUCCUCACCUUUAGUUUCCACUCCUCAGUCAUCUGCUCCUCUUUCACGCUCAGCCUCAUGGGAAGGUCUGGCCACACUGCCCACUCAGGGUUCACCGCUGCGUCAUGUGACCCACGUCAGGCCCCGUCCACCAAGAAGACACAGGGCUGCGCAUGCUCCAUUUGAGACGCACUGCUCGGAGAAUGGUGGAGUAUCUCUAUUGGAUGAUGGACUGCCCGACUUUUACACCAAGAGAGUUUUACCAGACAGUCAGCUGUCGUCUCACCAUCACGCUCAGGCUUUGAGAAGAAAGAAACGACGCAGUGUGCUGUCAAUCUUUUCGGGAUUCAGGAAGAACCGAAACUCUACCAUAUCCUAUCAGGAGCCUGAUCCUACAGGAAGGGGCGGGGCUUGCGGGGAGGAAUGUCGCACUAAUAUCGCGACUGAGAAUGUGUACUCCUUGAUUCAACACCCAAAAGAUCGCGGGAGGUUAGAUGGAAGCACUGAAGGCACCAAUGGGAGGCUGGUAGGGCCUGGUGUUCAGAGGACCCCUCAGCUGUCAGGACGGCCUGUUCAGGGUAUACCCCUGCCAGGAAUGAUGGGAAUCAGCCCCUCCUGCUUCUCACACAGACAGUCGCCUGAUUACAGCGAGGUUUUCGGCUCAUCUGAAGAGAUUGGAUACAGAGAGCAUGAGACUGACCGGCAUUCGGAUAUUGUCGCUAAAGGCCACACGCCGUCUAUAGACAGACAGGAAUCAGGAAGACAGGAAUCACAGUCAGACAGCCAGAAAAAGGCAGACGGUGUAAUAGAUCCUCAGCUGCUGGAAACCAGAAAAAGACCCGAUCCGCCGCCUCAGAGCACCAAACCAAGCCUUGCAAAGACACGGCAGCGCCAUCUGGAGGAGAGUUCUGAUAAAUCUACUGAAGAUUCGGGAGAGCUAAGGGAAAAGGAUGAGGAAAAAGAGAACGGAAGAUGUGGAGAGGACCUAAAAGACCAAAAACCACAAGGACAGACUCCACUGAUCCCUGAAAAGCCAUGUUAUUAUUCACCUCACACGUCUCCCAUUGGCUCCUCGCCGCAUGACGUGGCCAAUGAGCAUCAGCCACCAGCUGCUCCGCCCACCUCUGCUAAGCCUGUGUUUCAUUCCACUUCAGUAGAUUCUGCUUUACUUCAAGGUGAUGAAAUCAAGAGCAGUCCUGGAGGUCCCAUGAAACCACAUCGAAACAGGAAAGCGAACUCAUGUGACACAGGAAUGGAGCAGGACACCCGCUGUGAUCUGGAAAGAUCCUCAGAUCGCAAACCCCCUGUGAAAAAACCUAGACUCCCUCCGAAAAUAAAUAAGUCAUUGGAUUUCCCUGGUCAUCAGAGUUCAGAGCCGAGCAACUCUGAAGCAUCAUGACAACCAUUUGAGCCAAAGCUCUGUGAAAACAUGGGCUCAUUGUGAUGCCGAGAGGAGAGAGCGAGUGAGAGAAAGAGAGGAGGGAGAGAGAAUUUGCACCUUGAUCAAUUUCAUAGUCAUUUUGCACACUCAUAUUCUUGCAUACUCCAGUGAGUUGUUUUGCUUUCCCUCCUGCUUUUGACUUAACAUUCCUUCUUAAAGGGAUAGUUCACUCGGAAAAUUUUUAAUUCGGUUCUCAUUUACGCACGUCAUGAUUUUGCCAAGUAUGAUGCGAUUUUGGGUUAACAUCCAUGUUGAUCCUAGAACAUAAUUCUAUACCUAUUCCCUACCCCUAAACCCAACCAUAACUGUAAAUUAUUCCCAGUUGGAUAAUAAUCAUGUAGAUAUGAUUAUAAUCAAGUGCAUAAACCUAACCUUAAGCCUAAACUUAACAUAAAUAGUGAACAUAUGCCCUAACUCUGAUUGGCUGAUUGGAGUGUUGUUCCAGAAUCAAUGCAGAUGUUACCCCAGGAACAUGUCCUACUUAGUGAAAUCAAGUUAGUGCUCAUUUACGCACCCUUAGUGGUUGCAAACCUUUAUGAGUUCUUUUUUUUCUGUUAAACACAAAAGAAGAUAUUUUGAAGAUUGCUGGAAACUGCUAGCCAUAAGCUGUAUUUCUGUCCAAAGUUACCCAUUUAUUUUUAAAAAUAUUGCAAAUAAAACACAGUUUCCAUUCCAUGUGAUCAAGACCGUUACAAAUUGUAAUUUCCAGUAAAACUAAUGAAAAAUAUUCAUUCAUUUUCUUUUCGGUGUAGUCCCUUUAUUAAUCAGGGGUCACCACAGCGAAAUGAACUGCCAGCUUAUCCAGCACAUGUUCCAUGCAGCAAAUGCCCUUCCAGCUGCAACCCAUUACUUGGAAACAUCCAUACACACUCAUUCACACACACACACACACCAAAGACAAUUUAGCUUACCCAAUUCACCUAUACCACAUGUUUUUGGACUUGUGGGGGAAACAGAAGCACCUGGAGGAGACCCACGCGAACAUGGGGAGAACAUGCAAACUCCACACAGAAACGCCAACUGACCCAGUUAGAGCUCGAACCAGCAACCUUUUUGCUGUGAGACGAUUGUGCUACCCACUGCGCCACUGUGCUGCCCAUGAAAAAUUUUAAUAAUUAAAAACGAGAGUUUCUGCAAGCAGAGAAACAGCUGUAUGUCAUUUGUUUGGGAAAAUGAUUGUGUAAAGCUUUUCUAGGAGGUAACAAUACAGAAUCAUUUUUAGGAUGGAAAUUCACUGAGUUGUUUUAUCAUAUUGAACCGUUUUCUAAUUCAGAGUAGAAUAAAUAUCAUAAAGUAAUUUGUCAGACAAACAAGAAUUUGGUUAAAUAGUAAAACAAAACAAUGCAAUGACAAAGGUCAGAAACAUCUAUUAAGAGCAUAUUACGAUAGUUAAAAUGCAGCUGAAUGGAAGACAGAACAUAAAUUCCUUAGAGACAGUUCACCCAAAAAUAAAAAUUCUGCCACCUUUUACUCAUCUUUGAUUUAUUAUUAAUUUAUUAAUGAUUUAUUAAUUUAUUAUUAAAUUAUUAUUAUUAUUUUUUUAAUAUAGGAAACUGCUAACCACUGACUUCCAAAGUUUUCCCACCAUGGAAGUCAAUAGUUAACUCUUUUUUUCAACAUUCUUCAAAGUAUCUUUUUAAUAUGAACAUUCAAUAUAAUUGUAUGAUAUUAUCUAUAAACCCCUAGUAAUACUUUCGCUCAGGUAUUAGCAGAAGUAUCAAAUCAACAUUUGAGAUGGUAUGAGAUAAGAUUGGUUCACUGGUUAGGCUAGUUAUCUAAUCACAUCACUUUUUUAAUGCACAUUAGGGGUUUAUUAUGCGUUUCAUAAUUAAAUGAAAUGUAACAGAGGCCAGCAAGCGAAGUGGUAUGCAGGUAAGCUUCACUCUUCUGGCUUCAAAAGGUGCUCUAGCGACAGACACUAGAGGCUAUGGUCUUUAGCCUCCUUAUUAGAGCAAUCAACUCACAUGCAAAAAAUCGCCAGUUCGAUCCCAACGCAGCGCGGGAUGGGUGAAGUAGGAUUGGUGGGUUACACAUGGGGGUUCGCCCGGGAUGGGAGUGAGGUUUAGGUGGAGUGAGUGUAACGGAGGCCAGCUAGUGAAGUGUUAUGCAGGUAAACCUUACUCCUCCGCCUUCAAAAUGUGCUCUAGCGACAGACGCUCAGGGCCAUGGUCUUUAACCUCCUUGUUAGAGCAAUCAACUCCCAUGCAAGAAAUAACCGGUUCCAUCCCAGCUCAGUGCAGGUUGGGUGCAAUAGGAUUGGUGGAUCACACAUGGGGGCUCGUCUGCGAUGGGAGUAAGGUUAGGGGGGUGAGUGUAACAGAGGCCAGCUAGCGAAGUGUUAUGCAGGUAAACCUCACUCCUCUGGCUUCAAAAGGUGCUCUAGUGACAGACACUAGAGGCCAUGGUCUUUAGCCUCCUUGUUAGAGCAACCGACUCCCAUGCAAAGAAUUGCCGGUUCGAUCCCAGCUCAGCACGGGUUGGGUGCAGUAGGACCAGUGGGUUACAUAUAGUUUAGAUGCAUAUAUAUAUAUAUAUAUAUAUAUAUAUAUAUAUAUAUAUAUAUAUAUAUAUAUAUAUAUAUAUAUAUAUAUAUAUAUAUAUAUAUAUAAAAGUUUAUGAUUAUAAGAGUCAGUGGCUCAAGGUUUCCAGCACUGUUCAAACAGAAGAAGUUCAAAACAAGGAUAAAAGUGUGAUGAAAUGAUGAUGACAGAGUACUCAGUUUUUUGGGUGAACUAAACCUUUAACCUUCUGCACUUAACUACCAUUCCUUCAUUUAAUGUUCUCUCCGUCUCUCUCCCUCCGAGUCUGCCGACAAUCUUUGACAUAAAGGAACUUUUUUGCUAUUUAUCUUUAAAACCAUAGAAUGAUAUUUUGUAAAGUAUAAUAUAUAAACAGAACCAAUAUUUGCACUAAUCAUGGCUUGAAUUCUCUUUCGGUUUGGUGGAUGUUCCUCCCCUCAUGUCUGUGUGACGUUUUCGUAGUGUGCGACUAACUUAUCAUUUUCCGUCUACUCGAUCAAUAUCAUUAGCAGUAUUACUGUUGUCUUAAUCAGGCAUUGUUUAUGCAACUGGAUAAAUGUUUAAGAGUUUGCCGGCCCUAAAUGAGCUUUAUUUUCUACUAAAUGUGACUGAAUGAAUAAAAACUAAAUAUCAC